GCUUUCACUUCAUGCCUUCUACUUGGAGCACAUGAGUCUGUCAAAAUGAAAUUUGACAACAUACUCUCAGAAAUCGAUGGCUUUGGAAAAUUCCAAAUCAGGUUAGUCCUGAUUCAGGUCCUGUCUCGGAUCACUUUGCCGUGUCACUUCCUGCUGAAUAACUUCAUGGCAGAGAUUCCCUCUCACCGCUGCAAUAUCAGCGCUCUGGAUAAUGAAAGCAUCUCUCUGAAUUUAACACUGGAACAGAAGCUGGCGGUUAGUAUUCCACUCGAGGAAGAUGGGACACUGAGUUCCUGUCUGAUGUUUUCACAUCCACACCUGUUGAACAGCAGUAGGGAUGCAGUACUUGUUGAGUGUCAGAAUGGAUGGGUGUACAACGACAGUGAUUUUAAAUCGACACUGGCAACUGAGUGGGAUCUUGUGUGCAGCCGGAAAAGCAUGAACAAGGCAACAGCCACCAUAUUCUUCAUUGGCGUUAUGUGUGGAGCCCCUUUGUUUGGAUUUCUUAGUGACAGGUUUGGCCGGCGGCGGAUGCUCUUGGUGUCAUAUCUCUCCUCAAUGACAUUUGCAGGGCUGAGUGCAUUCUCCACUUCCUAUAUAAUGUUUGUGAUCAUGCGCUUUUUUACCGGGAUGUCACUAGCUGCAAUAAGUAUCAUCUCUAUUGUUCUAAAUAUCGAAUGGUUUGGCACGGAACAAAGGACCCUAUUUGGAAUCAUUUUCAGCCUUGAUUGGACAGUGGGGACCUGGAUUUUGGUUGGAAUCGCAUACUUAGUAAAUGAAUGGAGACCCCUCAUUCUGGCCGUGACUUCGCCACUGUUAUUGGCCCUGGUUGCUUGGAGGUGGCUUCCAGAGUCGGCCCGGUGGCUCAUGGCUAACGGGAAGGCAGAUGCUGCCUAUUAUUACAUCAAACAAUGUGCAGAAAUGAACAACAGAUCCAUGUGCAUGGCCACCAUCACUCCAAAGACUUUACUGGAGACAGUAGAGGAUAAAACAGAGGCCAGGAAGUACACCUUUAUUGAUCUUUUCAGAACAUCGAGCAUGAGGAAAAUGGCCAUCUGUUCAGGGAUCGUAUGGUUUGGAGUUGCGUUUACCUAUUAUGGGAUAUCUCUGAAUAUCACCGGGUUUGGAUUAAACCCGUACCUCACGCAGUUUGUAUUUGCAUCCAUUGAAAUGCCAAUGAAGAUCGCCCUGUAUUUCUUCCUGGAAAAAGUUGGAAGACGACCGGCACAAUCUAUCACCUUGCUAACGACCGCACUCUUCCUUUUCAUCAACAUGUUUGUUGCAAAAGAGAAGUGGGUCAUUCGCACAGUUGUGGGAGUCCUCGGCAAAGCCAUGUCAGAGGCAUCAUUCACAAUCAUAUUUUUCUACACAACUGAACUCUAUCCGACAGUUGUACGACAGAAUGGUUUAGGCUUCACUUCCUUUGUGGCCCGGAUGGCUGUGGCCAUAUCUCCACUGAUCGUGCUUCUGGAGGAUGUGUGGUAUCUCCUACCAGCCCUGACCUACUGCGCAAUGGCAGUGGUGUCUGGUUUAGUAGCUUUACUCCUGACUGAAACACAAAAUACCAAAUUGCCCGAGUUCAUUGAAGAUAUUGACAAACCAAGAGAGAAGUCAACGGGGGAAAAGACCAUCUAAUGAAGAAAAAAAAAUACUGUCAUGUGCAACUGUGAUGCUGAGCUGAGCCUGUCCACAAGAUGUAUUCCGACAACAAAGAAGUAAAACACGUGGUACAGCAUAUUGAAUUGGUAAUAAACUUUAAAUACAUGAGAACUA